CCUCCGAGCCUUCCAGUGACUGCCAUUCCUGUCCGCCGCGUGCCUGGCCAGUUGUCCCGUAGCAUCACUUCAAAUAGGCCAUUCUCUUGGUCUGCGACUAAUCAAAGUUCCGUUCAUUCUGCUUCCUGCAGUAGCGAACCGAUUAUUGUCUCUGGAGGGACAUCUGCAGCUACCACAACAGUGGGUACGGUUUCUCCAUGUUCAGCUUCGUUUUCAAAUAUGCAUCCAGUACCACUCGUUUCUUCCGUCACUCCUGCAAAUUUAACGCCAGUAAUCGCUAACAGUUCCGGACAAAUCAAUUUGUCAGCAUGCUGCCUUUCUAUAAACGCUACCAACAGGUCCUUGAGAGCAGAUCUUAGCCAUAAUUCUUGCUCAAGCGCCUGCGAGCAUUUGUCGUCUUCGAGUAUUUCUUCUUAUCCAGGACUCGUACGUUCUUCAUUAUCUGGCUCUUCACAACAGCAGCAAUCUUUUGUAUACACAUCAGCCCCAUCUGCUCGAACCUGCACCGUCAUGCAGUCAUCCACCGGUCUCAACUCUAAUGCCACAGUUUCGGGUCUAGUCUCCUGCAGCCCUUGCCCCUCCGGCCCUAGUUUGCAAGCAGAUCAGCACGUGUUUGUCUCAGCCCCAACUGGAAUUUCUUUGCCUGUGGCUUCCGUAUCUGGGAUCAACCACCGCAGUUCCAGCCUUAUUGCGCCGCCGAAGGGAUGUAAAUCACAGACUGGUUAUUUCGCCCAGUCGAUCCAUCCAACGGGGCUAUCUGUUGCACCAAUCGAGUGCCAGGGUGGGCUGCAACCUCGACCUCUCUUGGAUCUGAUUGACUCCACAAAUGGAAAUCAAACCUUUAUAGGACAGCAUUUAUUUUCGACAUGGGCCUACACAGCGAGGCUGGAGUAUGCGUGCCACCAAAGGCUUGAGACAGUGUGGGAAAUGACGCUUCGAGUAGUACAGAUAAGGUGGCAGAGCUCAAGUGAAGUAACUGAACCAGAAAAGUUGGAGGCAGAUUCUUCGGGGCAAGAGGCAGAAUCUGAAAAGACCUGUGGGAAGAGGAUUGCGGCGUGA